UGUUUCAAAUUUUGUCAGAUUCAAACACAAACACCCACUCUCUUCAUUCUCAUCUAAACCCAUUCAUUCAAUUUUCAUCUCCCAAUUUUCAAAUUCUGAUUUCCCCUUUCUCUUCUUCAUCUGAUUUUCAGAGCUCUUCUUCUUCUUCUUCUUCUUCAACCUUUGAAAUUUAAAACCUUCUUUUUCUUUACAAAGAAAAACAGAGCCCAUCCAUGGUUCCACUCCCAAUGCUCUCCCAUUUCUCUCUCUCCCUCUGAGUUCUUUCUGACCAAUCUUCGGUCUCUGUGACUGUGACCCAUUUUUCUUUUGACCCUUUAUCCUUUUUCCAUUGCAAAUGGAAUUCAAUCGCACGUAAAACAAAAACCCAUUGCCCCAUUUCGAGACAGUUUUUCUAUAUUUUAUUCAUAGCUAUAGUUGAGGAAAAUGGCUAAACUAUUCACUCCUCUGUUUUUAUUUUAUUCAAUAACCUCUCAGAUCCAACUGGUAGAACUUGUUUCACAGAGAGAGUAAGAUAGAGAGAGAUGGGUUUUUUAGGCCGUCAAUGAAGCAGUGCCGAGGUAACUUUCUGCAUCUUUCUGGGUUUUGUUUUCUUUUCUUUGAUCGUGGGUUUUGAUUCGAAAAUGUGAUUGAGGGUUCCUGUUUUGUGUUCUUCCCCCUAAAAUCGAAAACUCAUCUUUCGUUUUUGUUCUUAACUUUUUCCGUUUCUUCGAUUUGAGUUUUGGGUUUAGUCCUUUCCUCUUGUUUUGUGUUCUUCCAUGGCGGUCGAACAGAGAGACCCAGUUUUUUACUGUUGUAUUAAAUCAGAGUGAAUGAGUUGAAAGUUUCUCAAGUUGGAUCCGGUUCCAAGUUUUUUAAAGCUAUGGAUUCUGAUGGAGUCAAAUCAGAAUCUGCUCCGGCUAUGUCCACCUGCCUCACCAUUAAAAUAGCUCCAACUUCCGGCAGUAAACCGCCGGGGAUUUCCCCUUCCGAUUCGGCAUUGCCGGAGCUUAAAAGCUCCAUCGAAUCUUCCCCUUAUAACUCCCCUUCCCUUUUAUCGCCGCCGUCGUCGGCGUUUGUUUCGGCUCUUCAGUCGCCGUACAUUUCGCCGAGGGCGGUGGUCCCUAAACCAGAAGAGAAGCCUGUUCCGGCGGAGAACACAGCGGCGCUGACUUGUCACUCGCCGCUGGUUUCCCAAUCUGAGGAUAUUCCGAGUAGUUCCUACACUCCUCCCUCUGACCAGUAUGAAUAUUCCGAUGACCCUUCUGAUUCUAAGGUUCAGUUUGUCGCCUGCGUUCCGGUCCCCGACUCCGCUCCGCCGCGCAUUUCAUUCUCCUUCCCCGUCCCUCGAACCUCCUUCGCCAAAUGCGGUGGCCCCCUCUCCCCUGUUUCCACCUCUAAACUCAGAAGCUGUGAUGUGUACAUUGGCUUCCAUGGCCAAGCUAAUGGCCUGAUUCGCUUCUGUAAGUGGCUCAAAUCAGAACUUGAACUUCAAGGAAUUGCUUGCUUCAUUGCUGAUCGGUCCAAGUACUCCGAUAACCAGAGCCACGAGAUCGCUGACCGUGUUAUCAGCUCUGUAACAUUCGGAGUCGUCGUUCUCACGAGCUCUAGCUUCCAUAACCAUUUCACCUUGGAGGAAGUGAGAUUCUUUACACAGAAGAAGAACUUGAUUCCAUUCUUUUUCGACAUGGAAUCGUCGGAGAUCUCAAGCUUUCUCAACUAUGUUUCCAUGGAUAAAGAGUACAAAGAGACAGUGCAGGUAUUGAUGAAGUUCCAUGAAUACAAGUUGGAAGCCAAUGAAGGUAACUGGAGAAGCUGUAUUGCUAAAGCAGCUGGGAUUUUGAGAGCAAAGCUUGGGAGGAUGAGUACUGAAAAUGAUGUUGAAAGAUAUGAGGAGCUUCCAUUUCCAAGAAACAGGUGCUUUUUGGGGAGGGAAAAGGAGAUUAUGGAAAUGGAAACUACUCUGUUUGGUAGUCGAAGCUAUCAUAAGCAAGAUGGCACGGUUUCUACUCCAAUCAUUGAAGGCAAUUCCAGCCAGCAAUCAGAAGGCUUAGCAGAUGAAGAAAGUGAGCCAGUUAGUGUGAGGGGAAGUAGGUACAUCAAUUUGGAGAUAGGGAGGUCUGAUAAUCCAACUUUAGAGACUUGGAUUGAACCAGUUAAAGGAAGAAAUUCAUUCAAGAGAUCAAAGAAUAAGGAAAUGGUCAAGAGUGGGAAUUACAAGAGUAUGAACAGCGGCAUAGUGUGCAUCAAUGGGGUCCCUGGAAUUGGAAAGACAGAGCUUGCUCUGGAAUUUGCUUAUAGAUACUCUCAAAGAUACAAGAUGGUUUUAUGGGUCGGUGGUGAAGCUCGAUACUUUCGACAAAACAUAUUGAAUAUAUCUUUGAACUUGGGAUUAGACAUAAGUGCUGAUGCUGAAAAGGAUAGAGGAAGGUUUCGGAGUUUUGAGGAGCAAGAGCUAGAGGCAUUCAAAAGAGUCAAGAGGGAGCUGUUUGGAGACAUGCCAUAUUUGUUAAUCAUUGAUAAUCUUGAGGCAGAAGAGGACUGGUGGGAAGGGAAAGAUUUAAACGAUUUGUUGCCGAGGAACACCGGGGGAUCUCAUGUGAUCAUCACGACGAGACUCUCUAAGGUGAUGAGUUUUCGUAUGAUUAACAUUCAUCCAUUGCCCUUGGCUGAUGCAAUGGUUUUGAUGAGAGGAAGAAGGAAGAAAGAAUACCCUGCAGAUGAAUUGGAAUAUCUAAAGAAGUUCGAUGACAGACUUGGGAGGUUGACAUAUGGUCUUUGGGUGAUUGGAUCGCUGCUUUGCGAGCUUGCAAUCGCCCCAUCUUCUCUUUUUGAAGCUAUCGAACAAGUACCGAUCGAUGAAUGUUCUCCCUGUGCUUAUAUAAGCAUAAAUGAAGAGCACUACUGCAAAAGCAAUCCCUUCCUGAUGAAGAUCAUUUACUUUUCUUUUUCUUUAUUGGAGCAAACUAAUGGACCAUUAGCAUCCGGAAUAUUUCUGGUUGGCGCCUGGCUCGCCCCAGCACCUGUUUCAGUGUCUGUACUAGCCACAGCAGCAAAGGAUAUGGCUGUCUCAAGAAAAGGGUUUAAAAAUUGGAGCAAAUACCUGAGUUUCAUGUUUGGUUGUUGCUCCUCUUGUUUAGCUUCACAAGCAUGGAAGAGUGAGGAAGAAUCCGCUCUUCUUCUGAUCAAGUUCGGACUCGCCCGGAAGGCGAACAAGCAAUCUGGUAGUUGGAUUCAAUUCCAUCCCAUAACUCAAGUGUUUGCCAAAAGAAAGGAGGGUUUAUCAGCUGCCAAGUCUAUAGUUCAAGGGAUAAGGAAAUCUAGUAGUAACACAAUGGCAAACUUGGAUCAUUUAUGGGCAUCUGCAUUUCUCGUCUUUGGUUUCAAAUCCGAACCUCCAUUUGUACAACUAAAGGCUGUCGAUAUGGUCCUAUACAUAAAAAAGGCUGCCCUCCCUUUGGCGAUUCGGGCCUUCACAACAUUUUCAAGAUGCAACUCAGCACUAGAGUUGCUGAAGGUAUGCACAAAUGCACUUGAGGAAGUAGAGAAGUCAUUUGUAUCUCAAAUACAAGACUGGUGUGAAGGGUCCUUGUGUUGGAAGAAAAAGUUCCAAGGCUACCAACGGGUUGAUGAAUACGUGUGGCAAGACGUGACAUUGCUAAAAGCUACAUUGCUCGAAACUCGAGCAAAACUACUUCUAAGAGGUGGACACUUUGACAGCGCCGAAGAACUAUGUAGAACUUGCAUUAGUAUAAGAACAGUCAUGUUGGGGCAUAACCAUGCCCAAACAUUGGCAGCACAAGAAACAUUAGCGAAGAUCGUUCGGCUUCGGAGCAAGAUCUGAUGUAGUUAAUAAUCCAGGCACUUGGUAAACUAGUUUUGACAGUUCAGUAACCAAGUGUUGUAUGUAAAAUUCAGAUUAAUGGAUCAUAAAUGCCAGUGUUUUUCUGCCAUUUUUAUUGAACUGACACUUGAAAGGGUAUGAAAAUAUCACCGCUUUAGUUUUGUAAAUUGUUCUUCAAACUGCUUGGCUAGAAUGAGAUUAAAUUAUAGUUGUUGGUUUACAAAAUGA